UUUACUUCCGUUAUGACUCCGAAAACGGAGUUCCUGUGAAAUUUUGUAAAUAAAUCGCCGGUAUUACAGCAAUUCGACCCGAUCGAGACCUAAUUCUCACCAUAUUUAUUUACAUAUUUACAAUUACAUGUGACUAAUUAUUUGGAUGCUAAACGAUUAGCCGUACUCCAGUUUAAAAACAUUGUACAUCGACCUAAUUUACCGUUUAUCUGUCAGAAUUGAUGUCAUGUUAAGAAACACUUAUUCCUGAUGGCAGAUUCCCAAUAUCCAAAUAACGCUUGGCAAAAUAGGCCACCGUUGCAUGGUAUAAGCCAGGCCCAUGUACCAGGUGAUGUACAAAGACCAAGCGUUUCAAGCAAUAUGCAAAUUAAAUCUGGACAACCAUUUCCAAAUGGUCCUGGACCAACACAACAGUUCUACCGCCCACCUGUACCAGGUGGUGUAAAUGGAUUAUCUUCUCAAGGACAAAAUAGUGCUGCACUUCCUGGUAUGAGACCACCCACAAGCUUUCCUAAUGGGCCCAAUGUGCCCCCUUCAUCUAAUGGAAGUCAAUUUGCCCAACCACCUCGUCCUGGCAUGCCACCACUUCAUGGUCAAGGACAAUUUAGGCCAAGUGGGCCUCCAACUUCAACAACUCUUGGACCGAGGCCACCAAUGUCUGCAGGUCCACCUGCUGGUCUGAGUGGCCAGCCAAGAAUGCCUCCCCCGUCUUCACAGCCAAUGGCGACUCAACCACAAGGCCCACCAAGAGGCCCCCCUGUACAGGGCACAACCACACCCGUGUCGACUCCAGUGCUUGGUUUACAAGGUCGCCCAAAUGAACUCCCUGUGCCGUUUCAUGGCCAAGGCCAAUAUAGCCAUCAAAUUGGCAUGACUUUAACGCCAGGAAUCACGCCUGCUAAUUCAGCCCCUCCUUCCCAGAAGACAUCUAGAACAAACUCACCUGCUGUAAUGAACCAGAAUUUUGAUGCACUGGAGGGUCAAUUCAGAGGAACACCAGAACAAGAGCAGGCCUUAAGCAGUCCACAGUCUGGAUUUUCACCUGGGCCUCAAGGACCACCUACAUCACUAGCAACAACAAUGCCCAUUUCCUCACUGUCUAGUCCGACAGGCAUGGCUUCUCAGCCAAGACCAGGACCAACUGGGCAACAACCAAUGUCUAUCCAACAUUCUACACAAGGUUUUACCCCUCAGCUUAGUUUAUCAAGUGCUAGACCAGGGAUGCCUCCCCCAUCUGCAUCAGCUGGUUCCCAGCCAGGGCAUCUACAAAGACCAGGUUUUCCACCUGCAACAUCAGUUGGUACCCAACAGACCAGAUUUCAGUCUCCCCCUGCAAUUCAGCAACCAAGAUUUCCCAUACCCCCUGCUAGUCAGAGUCAGAUGUUUUUAUCUCAGCCUAAUUCUUCUGUUAACCAAGUUCCAGGAUUCCCGCCUCAACCACAGUAUACAUCCAAUCAAGUUCCAAGAUUUCCCCCUCAACCACAGCCAAGAACCAAUCAAGUUCAAGGAUUCCCCCCACAACCACACUCAAAAGCUAAUCAAGUCCCAGGAUUCCCUCCUCCACCACAGUCAACAGCCAAUCAAGUUCCAGGGUUUCCACCCCCACCACAUUCAACUGCCAAUCAAGUUCCAGGGUUUCCACCCCCACCACAUUCGACUGCUAAUCAAGUUCCAGGGUUCCCUCCUCCUAGGCAGAUGGACAACCAAAGACAAGGAUUCCCUCAAGAACAGCAAGAUGGUGUCAAUCAGGGUUCAUUUCCUUAUAAACAAACACAGUUUCAACAAAACCAGCGACCAGGAAUGAAUCCGCAGUAUUCUACACAAGGAAAGAGUGUAGGAGAAUUUGUGAACUCACCAAAUUUCAGCAACAUGUCUUUACAGGGUAGUCCAAACAUUGACUUGUUACAACAAAAGAAGCUUUUGCCCCCAGAAGGUUUGGAAAUACCUAAACCUACAAUACCAAAUGACAACAGAAGCAUGAACUGCAAUCCUGAGGUGUUUCGCUGCACCAUGAAUGCCAUUCCUCAGACUUCAGCCUUGUUGAACAAGUCUCGAUUACCUCUGGGGAUAUUGAUACACCCUUUUAAGGAUUUGUCGCAAUUACCUGUGAUACAGUCAAGUGUGAUAGUGCGGUGUCGGUCAUGUCGGACGUACAUAAACCCCUUUGUCACAUUUGUGGACAGUCGACGGUGGAAGUGCAAUUUAUGCUAUAGAGUUAAUGAAUUACCAGAUGAGUUUUCGUUUGACCCAGUCACAAAGACCUAUGGUGAUCCACAGAGGCGACCUGAAGUCAGAUCAGCCACCAUUGAGUUCAUAGCACCAUCAGAAUAUAUGUUGAGACCGCCUCAGCCAGCCGUGUACCUGUACUUGUUAGACGUGUCUUUCAAUGCAAUUGAAACUGGUUACCUUUCCAUGUUCUGUGAGACGCUACUGGAUGUGUUAGAGCGGAUUCCUGGUGAUGGGCGUACCCAGAUUGGCUUUGUGGCGUACGACAGUGCUGUACACUUCUUUAACCUAGCAGAGGGCCUCUCACAACCACAGAUGCUCACUGUCACUGAUGUUGAUGACAUUUUCCUGCCAUGCCCUGAUGACCUUCUAGUCAACCUGAACGAGUGUCGAGGCCUGGUGAUCGACCUGCUGAACCAGUUACCCACCCUUUUUGAGAACAACAUGGAGACACGCAGCGCCCUUGGGGCAGCACUUCAGACUGCAUACAAGAUGACGAGUUCUACGGGAGGUCGAGUGACGGUUAUGCAAACAGUUUUGCCCACAUAUGGUCCUGGGGCUCUACAGAACAGGGAGGACCCAGCUGGGAAAGCUGGCAAGGAUUGUGCCAGCCUGGGUCCGGCCACUGACUUCUACAAGAAACUGGCCCUUGAUUGCUCAGCCCAACAAAUCGCUGUAGAUCUCUUCAUGUUCAAUGGCCAGUACGCUGAUAUGGCAUCCAUAGAGUGUAUUUCCAAGUAUUCUGGUGGCUGUACAUACUACUACCCUUCAUAUCAUGUUGUGAGGACUCCACAUUAUGUCGAGAAGUAUGAGGCUGACCUGCGUAGAUACAUGACGAGAAAGGUCGGAUUCGAGUCUGUAAUGAGAAUAAGGUGCUCAAAAGGAAUAAGCAUCCAUACUUUCCAUGGAAACUUCUUUGUACGGUCCACGGACCUGCUUUCCUUGCCAAAUGUGAACCCAGAUGCAGGUUUCGGCAUGCAGAUGUCGAUUGAAGAACCGUUGACAGAUAUGUCCAUUAUGAGCUUUCAGGCUGCCUUGCUCUACACUUCAAGUAAAGGAGAGCGACGUAUUCGAGUUCACACACUGUGUCUGCCGGUCACAAACCAGAUAGCCGAUAUUCACGCUGCAGCUGACCAGCAGGCCAUUGUUGCCUUGCUUGCAAAGAUGGCUGUUGAUCGAAGUUUAACGUCAUCCAUAUCUGAUGCCCGAGAGGCUAUCGUAAAUGCAGCCAUAGACACGAUCAAUACUUAUGGGGCAAGCUUGCAGAGUGGCCAGAGGACUGGAGGUUUGGUAAUCAACGAUCAACUGAGGCUUAUACCACUCUACUGCCUUGCUUUGCUCAAAUGUACGGCGUUCCGUACAUCAGGCUCCACGCGGUUAGAUGACCGCACAUAUGCUCUGCAGCAGUGUAAGGUCCUGCCCGUCGGCCAGCUCAUACAGAUGAUCCACCCCGACCUUUACCCACUUCACACCAUUAUGGACGUGGAGAUGAAGAAGAAGGGCUCACUAGAGUUCCCUGACCUGCCCCUUCUGCAGUUGAGCUCGGCCAACAUAGACCGGUAUGGGGCAUACCUGCUGGACGUGGGGGAUGUCAUGUACCUGUAUGUUGGGGGAGCCAUCAGUGAACAGUUCUGCAGAGACAUGCUGGAUGUGCCAAACUUCGCAUCCAUACGAGAGGGAGGCAUUAGAGAUUUGCCCGACCUGGACAAUGAUGGGUCAGAAAGGCUCCGUAGUUUCAUCAACUAUCUUUUGGACGGCCGAUCAAAUGGAUCAGCUUUAAUUAUCGUCAGGGAUGACGGGAAAUUGAGAAUGGCAUUUUUCCAGCAUUUUGUUGAAGACCGUACGGACAGUACUUUGUCAUACCACGAGUUCUUACAACAAAUACAGAGUCAGAUAAAGAGAUGAGGCUAGACCCAAAACAUAAGAGUGUAUGAACGUUUUAGGAAUUGAGCUUUCUACAGAGAGCUGAGCUUUUUACAUGUCUUUCUUCCUGAUACAGAAAUAUGUAACAUGGAUGAAAUGUGGUAUGAGUAUAAACGUUCCUCUUGCUACUAGUUUUGAAGGGAAAGAGGAUUAACUUGUCUAAAUGCAUUAGUUUUAACUUGAAGUUACUUGUAGGCCUUAUGAAGAUGACCAGUGUUGUAUUAAAUUAUUUACUUCAAGAAAAUGAUAUAUUGAAUGUACAGUGUACAGAGUUUAAAAUGCAAAUGUGUCAAUGUUUGUGCUAUAGCACAUCUGCGUGAAUGCUUGUAGGUAUAAUGUGAAAUAUUCAUGUGUGAAUUGAUACAACCCUUGGAAUGAAUGCUUUAUGUUAUAUAUUUCACAAAAUUUUUAUACAAGUUUCUUUUUUUUCAUCUGUCUCUUGGAAGAGAAUUCUUGAAAAAAAAAAAUGAAUACUGACAAAAUCCUGAUUUAAUUGAUACAAUUUAUACUUCAAGCUUCUUUGGUCUUUUUCUGCUACUUGUAUGCUGAAUUUUAAAACUCAUUUUAGAACUCAUUAUAAAUACAAAACUUAAAUUUUGUAAGCACAGGGGCAUUUUAUCAACAAGCAUAAACAAAAGAUCACAUAUUUAAAUUAAAUUCUGAGUGGGUAUUAGAAACUUAAUUAUUAUCAGAAAGAUAAUUAUAAUUUAAACUUGUAAAUCUCAGUAAAAAUGGAGUAAGGUUUUCAGCUAAACAAUUGGUUUCAAAAAAGAUAUCAUAACCAGGUUACAAUACGCUUGUUGGUUAGAUAAACCCUUUGUGUACAUUUGUUUUUAUUUUCCUUCAGAAUAGAAAAGUAAGAGUGAACUCUGAUGAAAAUCUUCUCAAAACUUCUGUCAAGGGUGCCAAAAUCUUAAUCUUGACCAUUUUAUUGCUUUGCAUGUAUAUCUUAAAUGAAUUUAACUAUACUUCAAGCACAAUGGUUUUGUCUCUAAGGCUUUAGCUGAGUUUUUAUUUGAGCCUAUUAUUUAUGACAAUGCCAUUGAUGUUAUACCUCAUCAUCCUCUCUUUGAACACUGAUGUCAGUGUAGAUUACAUCUGAGGAUGGAUGUAUUGCUUCAAUGGUGUGCCUGGAAAGUGCAUACACUUUAUCAAUCGGAUAAAUCAGUCCAUUGAUGCUACAUAACACCCUGGGGUCAUUUCAACAAGAAUCCAAAGAGAGGUGUUUGGACUGAGGACAAAUUUUCACCAUUACUGCACUGUUAAAAAUCUCUCUGUACCGAACUGCUCCUAGAAUUCUGGGGGCCAUUUUUAUCAAGAAUCGUAAGACCAGGUUUGUUCCUAGGAUAUAUUUCUCAAUAUCUGUACUGCACUGUU